AGCGCGGCAAAUCCAAGUUCAAAUUUCGCGCGCUCUUUUUCCGUAUCAACUCAACACAAGCCAUCUCUAGCGAUGGCGGAGAGUCGGCGGCUCGCUCUGGAGCGAUGGCGCGAGGAGAGGAGGCGCCAGAAGCAGCAGGAGACGCAGGAGACCGCCAAGGCAGCUCGUCCUGCUCGCCGCGUGCUUUCAAAUAGAACCACCCAAGGAGCCCCAGUGCGCUCGCUUGCGGCUCCAAAGCGGCGAGAAAUGCAGCAGCCAUCGGCUCCAGUUGCAGCACGCCGGAUAUCGCGCGAGACGGCGCCAUUAGAGCCCAUUGAUGAGCUUGAGAAGAGUCAGACGCUGCUCUACAAGACGCCAGCCAAAACUAGCAGCGGCAACAGGACGGAAGUGGAUAGUACACCAACUGACAGAGGCUUGGGCAGUGCUGACCUGCCUGCUAGCACGAAGAGACGGAGAAGACGGAGUUAUAUCUCGCCAAGCUCCGAUGCACCGUCGCUGGCUGGAGGCGCACAGCGAGUGCUGACCCCCAUGCGGCUCCUCCAACAGGAAAGUGAUGACGGAGGUAUGGACGGAGAUACUGAUGGCGCUACACCCGAGAUUGUACCGGGUCCGCGACGUAUUAGUGUUCUGGCACAGCGGAGAAAGAGCGACGAAAGCGCGAGAUCUGUGACUCCUUAUAAAAACGAGAGCGUGAAGGAGGAACCUGCGUCGUCGAGAGAAACCAUUUCGCUUGGCAGUAUCAGUACAACACUGCGUGUACGACACACGGUUUCUAGUGAUACAAAGAGUGACCCGAAUUCUACGCCACACAAAUCGUUGUCAAUUCAUGCGUUGCGAGUCAAGGGGGAGACUCAGCAACCUCUGCUUAUAGAUGCGAAGACUAAAAGUGAGAAUAACAGGGCAAAAGUCGAGAACUCGCGGCCCGAUCGCAAGUUGCCUUUUCCCGAACGUGUACCGGUAGAUCCAGCGCAGCAGCCAGCUAGGUCUAGCCUUGAACUUCCAAAGUCUCGAAAAAGCCUAUCCAGCCGCUACUCACUGGACGAUUCAAAACCGACUCAAUCUCUCAGCGAGCGGCUAGCAGGGAAUCCCAAGUGGGAGAUGGAUGACUUUAUGGUGACGAAAAAUCUGGGUCAAGGCAAGUUCGGCAACGUUUAUCUAGCUAAGGAAAAGUGCUCAAACCUUACUGUCGCUCUCAAGGUUCUAUUCAAGUCGCCACUGACGCGUGAUGGCGGUGCAAGUAAUUUAAAACGCGAGGUUGAAAUUCAAGUGCGACUUCGGCACCCCAAUGUUCUACGCAUGCACGGCUACUUUUACGACGACGCAUGCGUUUAUCUGGUGCUUGAAUAUGCACCUUACGGAGAACUCUACAAAGAGUUGGCCAGGGAAAAAUACCUUUCCGACGCGGUGGCUGCGCAUUACGUAUCUCAAGUUGUUGAAGCUCUUAAGUACUGCCACAGCUGCAAUGUGAUUCAUCGGGAUAUUAAGCCUGAAAAUCUCCUGUUAGGGUACAACAAAACCAUAAAGCUGGCUGAUUUCGGGUGGUCGGUUCAUGCGCCGGAGCCUUACAAUCUUCGCAAGACGUUCUGCGGGACUCCAGAUUAUCUGAGCCCCGAAAUGUUGUUGGGAGAGCCUUACGACUGUCGGACAGACUCAUGGAGCCUUGGUGUGCUCACGUAUGAAUUGCUAAUCGGCUCAACACCGUUCUACUGCGAGAAUCAAAUGGACAUGUACAAGCGAAUCGAACUCGCCGACUAUCAUUUCCCAUCGAUCCCACAAGUAUCUGAAAGCGCCAAGAGUUUCAUUGCUGGACUACUCAAGCGGAAACCAAGCGAACGAAUGAGCUUGGAAGAUGCAGCCAAACAUCCAUGGGUUCAAAAUCGCUAUUCGAAGUAACAUUAACGCUAUAAUAAUGCCUCGAUGAGGCUGAGCUACCCGACUCGCAAUAUCAUCAGGCUGAUCACACUAGACGAUACUUGUCGUUCAUACAAAUGACCAACGCAUCAAAUUGCAGCUACAUACACCAGACAAGCCAUUAGCAAUAAGGACGGUGGCGUUUUAUCAUCACACACUUACAUUCGUCAAUAUCUCCGUGAUCUGGUCGACGGGCAGAGAAGGAAAAGCAAAGCGCAGGUCUGCUAUCGAGCAUCCAGCAUCUCUCUUGGCUUCCAAUUGUCGAAGAACCAGUGCUGCGGAGGUAACAGGUC